AAUCUUUCACAAACAAGCAUUGAUUUGCAUCUACUAAUACUCAACAGAGCUGUAAGAAAAGGAAACAAAUGGAGUCCUUCAACAGCAUUGCCAACCCUUUGUGUUCUUUAACCUUUAUGUGCAUUUUGCUUCUCUUUGCAAAUGCAGCAUCCGGGAAAACUCACUACCAUGAUUUUGUUAUUCAAGCAACACCAGUAAAGAGGCUGUGCAAAACCCACAAUACCAUAACGGUGAAUGGACAAUUCCCUGGACCAACACUGGAAGUAAACAACGGGGAUACUCUAGUGAUCAAAGUUGUCAAUAGAGCUCAAUACAAUGCCACCAUUCACUGGCAUGGAGUUAGACAAAUGCGAACAGGAUGGGCAGAUGGACCAGAAUUUAUCACUCAGUGCCCAAUUAGACCAGGAAAGAGUUAUACUUAUCGGUUUACCAUUCAAGGACAGGAAGGGACUCUUUGGUGGCAUGCUCACAGCUCAUGGCUCAGGGCCUCUGUCUAUGGAGCUUUAAUUAUCCACCCAAAAGAAGGAGCACAUUAUCCAUUUCCUAAGCCCAAAAGAGAGACACCAAUUCUGCUUGGUGAGUGGUGGGAUACAAAUCCUAUUGAAGUUGUAAGACAAGCGACAAGCACAGGAGCAGCUCCUAAUGUAUCAGAUGCGUACACCAUCAACGGUCAACCAGGUGACCUCUACAAAUGUUCUCGUCAAGAUACCACCAUAGUCCAUGUGGACUCUGGAGAAACCAACCUCCUUCGAGUUAUCAAUGCUGCACUCAAUCAGCAACUUUUCUUUACAGUGGCCAACCAUAAGCUUACUGUUGUUGGAGCAGAUGCCUCUUAUGUUAAACCCUUCACAACAUCAGUCCUUAUGCUCGGACCAGGCCAGACAACGGAUGUCCUGAUCAAAGCUGAUCAGCCAGCAGCCAGAUACUACAUGGCAGCACGUGCAUAUGCAAGUGCUCAACGCGCCCCCUUUGAUAACACCACAACCACAGCCAUACUUGAGUACAAAACAGCUUCUUGUUCUUCCAACUGUGCCAAGACCAAUCCAGUUUUCCCAUCUUUACCAGCAUAUAAUGACACAGCCACUGCGACAGCUUUCACAACCAAAUUCAGAAGCCCAAGAAAGGUCGAGGUGCCCACUGAAAUUGAUGAAAAUCUAUUCUUCACGGUUGGGCUGGGACUCCUGAACUGCCCAAGAGGUGCAAGCUCUAAAAACUGUCAAGGUCCAAACGGAACUCGAUUCGCUGCCAGUAUGAACAAUGUAUCUUUUGUGCUACCAUCCAAUUUUUCGCUGCUACAAGCACAUCACCAAGGCAUACCUGGGGUUUUCUCAACUAAUUUCCCAGCAAACCCGCCUGUAAAAUUUGAUUAUACUGGUAACGUAAGUCGGUCACUGAGGCAACCUAUUAGAGGAACUAAGCUGUACAAACUGAAAUACGGGGCACGAGUGCAAGUUGUUUUACAGGGGACAAGUAUCUUUACAGCUGAAAAUCACCCAAUUCAUCUUCAUGGAUAUGAUUUUUACAUCAUUGCGGAGGGAUUUGGUAACUUUAAUCCAAAGACUGAUACGGCUAAAUUCAACCUUGUUGAUCCCCCUUUCCGAAAUACAGCCAGUGUGCCCGUCAAUGGAUGGACAGUCAUCAGAUUUGUCGCUGAUAAUCCAGGAGUGUGGUUAAUGCAUUGUCACUUGGACGUUCACAUUACGUGGGGUUUGGCCAUGGCGUUCCUCGUGGAAAACGGAGUUAGUGAACUGGAAUCAUUGGAGGCUCCUCCAGUAGAUCUCCCUGUCUGUUGAUGAUUACAACAAGCAACAUCAUACAAAAUUCAGAACCUUAGAGAAUCACUUUCAAUGCUUCAGCCAUGGAGGGUCUAAAUGUUGCCCGCAUUUCUGGACUAGUUCAUUUUUGCUAUACUACUUGAAUUUCCUUUUUGCUUUUUUGAUAGAUGACUGGGUCAAGAUGGUGCUUGUACUAAAAAAUCAAUCCACUAUCAAGCUCAGAAUAUCGCCAGAUUACAUCAAUUGUAUUGUAAUUCUAGUACAAUUAACAGAGAAGACUAUAUUCAUUUUUUUAAUAAACUUGAUCAUCCAUCCAGAAAGGAGUACAACAAUUACAAACUGCCUAUUCUAGAAAUCGAUUUGUUAUGAAUCUUUGAAUGUCACUGCUAUGCAACCUCAACUUAUCAUAAUUGGCAGGGACCGAGCUACAAGCCUGUCUACGGGUUCGGCAAAAUCUAGCUUUGGCAAAUAUAUGUGUUUAAAAAGGGGUAAUUCCCCUUUUGGUCCCUC